CGACAAGAGUUUGAAACGACAAAAUCAAUGAAAACACGAAUAAUCAUACGAGGAUUUGAACUGUGACGUGGCAAUGAACUCGAGAUGUAUUGAAGUGUUCUGGAAUCCCUUUGAAGUGGGUUGUUGCUUCACUAUCACGUACUGUUUGCAUAUUUGUAUAACCUUAAUCUCUCCUUUAAUAUUAGCUCCAUUUACUUUGGACCACAGACAAGUUUGUCAGCUUCAACGUGGGUUACAUUUGCAUUACUUCUCCAACCAAUACCACCUGGAAAGAACAAAAUCUUUACUGGUUUUAUCAUGAACUCUUCUCCAUCUCCCACAGUAGAAGAAGCACAGACAGAGCUCCCUGGGCAGCUGAAACCAAAAUGGAUAGCUCACGGUUAGAGCCAUUUUUGGUCAAUUCCUGUAACAACAAUCAUCUUGCAAAGGGUGGCUUCAGGGCCUUGCCCUUCAUCAUAGUAACUGAUGGAAUGGAGAAAGUGGUGACUUACGGUCUCGGUGCAUCGAUGAUUCUCUACUUGACGAGAGAGUAUGGCCUGGAAAAUGCUGAUGGUGCCCAAGUGAUGUUCAUAUGGACCGCUGCUAUUAACUUCACCCCUGUUCUCGCGGCCUUCCUUGCUGAUUCUUAUGUGGGUCGCUACUGGAUGAUUGGCUUUGGAUCCAUUACUUCCAUUCUGGGAAAUGUUCUCUUAUGGCUAACAGCUGCAAUUCCAGAAGCCAGGCCUCAACCCUGUGUUGAUCCCGACUCCACAGACAGCUGCAGACUGCGAGCCACGACACCACAGCUGCUGUUCUUAUACGCGGCGUUAGGCCUCAUCUCGAUCGGUUCAGGGAGCAUGAGAUCAUCCUGCAUGGCAUUUGGUGCUGAUCAGAUGAUGGGAAACACCAAAAGGAGCACAUCAAGAGUGCUAGAGAGCAUCUUCAGCUGGUACUACAUUUCCACAUCGAUUUCGAUUCUGUUGGCCAUAACCGUCAUAGUUUACAUCCAAGAUUCAGCUGGUUGGAGUGCUGGUUUUGGAGUUUGUGUGGUGCUCAUGGUACUGUCUGCACUUUCCUUCUUCUUGGCUUCUCCAUUCUACGUGAAGCCAGCAGCCAAAGCAAGCUUGGUCACUGAACUUGCUCAAGUUGUUGUAGCUGCCUGGACAAAGAGAAGUAUCAAGCUGCAGCCACCUCAAUCAACCACACUAGCUUAUCACCACCACCACCAUUCCAAUGCUGCAAUAAUGAAUUCAGAACCAACUGAGAAUUUGAGGUUUCUAAACAAGGCCUGCAUCAUUCAGCACCCUGAACAAGAUCUAACCCAAGAAGGCAAACCAACGAAUCCAUGGCGCCUCUGCACAGUAGAACAAGUCGAAGACCUCAAAUCCGUAAUCCGAGUGAUCCCCAUCUGGUCAGCAGGAAUGCUAAUGUCCGUCACAGCGUGUCAGCAAUCCAUCCAGCUGCUACAACUCGCCACCAUGGACCGCCACAUCACUCCCGAAAUCGAAAUCCCAGCAGGCUCCUUCAGCAUCUUCCUAAUGCUCACAUUACUCAUAUGGGUCCCUUUCUACGAUCGUGUCAUCAUCCCACUAGCUUCAACCCUCAGAGGCAGACCCAUUUCUCUGCCCCUGAAGAAAAGAUUGGGACUUGGGAUCCUGCUCUCCUCUGUCUCCAUGGCCGCACUAGGCCUAGUGGAGAGCAUUCGUCGAGCCAGGGCGCUCGACGAGGGGCUCUCCAACGAUCCCAACGGCAUAGUGGACAUGUCGGCAAUGUGGUUCUUGCUGUACUACGUGCCGUUUGGGGUUGCAGAGGCGUUCAAUUACAUUGGACAGAACGAGUUCUACUACAGCGAGCUGCCGAAGAGCAUGGCCAGCAUCUCCACAACUCUGUACCAGAUGGGGUUGUCGGUGUCGAAUUUGGUGGCGAGCUUAGUGUUGAGCAUGGUGGAUCAUGCGACGAGAGGUGGUGGUGAUGGAGGGGAAGAAGGGAGGAGCUGGGUUGGGAGCAAUAUUAACAAGGGGCAUUAUGAUUACUACUACUGGGUUCUGGCUUGUUUGUGUGUUGGGAAUUUUGUGUACUAUGUGGCUUGUUCCAAGGGUUAUGGCCCAUGCAAGGGUGAGGUGAUAAUGGAGGAGUUGGAUGGAGGGGAAAACCAGUAGAGGUUAGUAGAACAUGAUGCCAUGACCUAGUCCAAAUAGCAUUCCUAAUCCUAUUAGGAUAAGGAUUCUUAAUAAAAUAAAAUUGGUACUCCGAUGAGGAAAACUCAUCUUAUUUACGGUUGGGAUAGUUAUCUAUUGAAUCGAAAUCUUUUAUCAUGUAAGGAUUCGUCUUUUAUUUAAUAGAUAAUAAUCAGUAAUCAUAUAACGAUUUCUA